ACUUUUUGGCAGAGGAAGGGGAGGGGAUGGUUUUUGGCAGUAGUCAGGGUUGCCAUCAAACGGAUACUGACUGAGGCACAGGGGAGAAAGCGGGAUAGGAAAAUAUCUUGCUAUAAUUUCACAAUAAAGCGGGUCUACCCAGAGUCCUGAUGUGAUCAUCAUCCCUGAACAGAAACAUUGGCCUGCCCCGAAGUCAGUCCUCAACCAACCGUGGACAAUUUGGAUUGGAUAUCAAAGAUAAUCCGUCCUUAUCCCCGUUAUCUGCCUGCACUGGGUAGACACUUUCUUUUUUCCCUCCCUGCCUGUUUCCAUUUUCUGAAUUGGUUGCCAUAUAUAGAUUUUCACUUUCUGACUUGUUACCUUCCUCUGACUCUUCUAUUCAGAUGUAUUCCCUGGCUAUCGUCCAUCUCUCUGGGCUAUAACAUAAAUCAUUAAUGUUUUCAUUACGUUGGCAUUUUUACACCCCAGACCUGGUACCAUAGAUAUUUUCACCCUAGUCUGGCAGCUAGACUGCUCCUCUAUACCCUGAUGAAUGAAGACCCCAUUCGGGAAGAGUGCGCCCGGCCAGAGAUCCAGAGCCGAUGCAGGGCACACGGGUGUUUCUUCAAACAUGAAGAAAAAGGACUCCCACAAGAAACACAAGAACAGCAUGGGCCCCAACAAGGCGGUGUCGUCGUCUGCGCCGCGCCGAAACAUGGUGGGCUGUCGUAUCCAGCACAUCUGGAAGGAGGGGAGCACUGCGUCUCAGUCGCUGUGGAAAGGCAUGGUGCUGGACCAGGUGCCCGUCAACCCCUCGCUUUACCUCAUCAAGUACGACGGCUUCGACUGUGUCUACGGCCUGGAGCUACAUAAAGAUGAGAGGGUGCAGGGACUUGAGGUGCUCCCUGACCGUCAAGCCUCCACGCGCAGCAGCGACGUCAACCUGGCCGACACGAUGAUAGGGAAGGCUGUAGAGCAUAUGUUUGAAACGGAGGACGGGACUAAAGACGAGUGGAGGGGCAUGGUUCUGGCCCGAGCCCCCAUCAUGAACACCUGGUUUUUCAUCACCUACGAGAAAGACCCCGUUCUGUACAUGUACCAGCUCCUAGACGACUACAAGGAGGGAGACCUGAGGAUCAUGCCUGACUCCAAUGACACUCCGCCUGCAGAGCGGGAGCCAGGGGAGGUAGUGGACAGUCUGGUGGGGAAACAGGUGGAGUACGCUAAAGAGGACGGCUCCAAACGAACUGGCAUGGUUAUCCACCAGGUGGAUGCCAAACCCUCAGUCUACUUCAUCAAGUUCGAUGACGACUUCCACAUCUACGUCUACGACCUUGUCAAGACCUCCUAAGGCGACCUUUUACCCUUUGGCCUUUUCACACUACUGAGCCGAAUCGAGCUGUACUGGGCUGGCCUGGUUACACGUACAUCCACCAUAGCUGAAAAGACUAUGCGAAAAUAUGUUAGAGGUGGUACAGUUUGGUUCAGGUCGGCACGGUAGUGUGAAAAGGUCGCUGGGCCUAGAGGACAGGAGGUCUGUCUGGGGAGUUAAUGAUGGAUGCAGGAAAGACGAUGGUCAUCAUCACCACAUGGAACCUUACCUUAUCCACCAACUUUUCUUAAAUAUAUCUCGAGCGUUUCGUGCAACAGCUUCUUUGAGAUGCGACAGACGGACAGCUAGAUUGGAUAUUUCACCGAAGCCUUUGGAUUGCUACUAAAGCAUCUAGUGUUCUUGAAUCUAGUCAGAAGAGAGAGAAGGGGGGAGGGGUCACUGUGCAACUGAGUUAUUGGCCACUUGUUGGCUGAGAAGACUAUUGCAACUGGCUAUCCCCUAUCAGAGUAAAGAUCUUAAGGAUUUGUUACAUAGAUCCCUUUGUAAGGGGAGGGACGGGAAAAAGAUAUCAGCGUUAUUUGAACACUGCAUAUUAAGUGCGACCUUUUAAAGUGAAUUACUAUAUGGGUUAGUUUCCAUCUCAGAGAAUUGUUCAAUCCUUGACUAUGAUUAUAUUUGUUUGUUUGUAAUGUUAAAAGAUACACGACAACAUAUGCAGUGAGCAAAGGCAUUUGUUGAAGUUUUGUGAGGGACAUGACCAUUGUUGUAAUUGAAAUGUUUCUUCGUUUUUUCCCCCAAGAACUUGUUCAUGUAUAUUCAUAUAUAAUGAUAGUUAAAUACUGAUGCCGAUAUUUGCAGUUUUAUCGUACGCACUAAUUUCAAAGAAUCUACUCAGAAAACAUUUACGCAGUUGUCUUUAUAAGUUUUGCCUUUAAUAAUAAUUAUAUGUUGAUCAUCUCAACAAACACUAUUCAGAAUGGUUGACCAGUGAGAACGUUAAUCUGUAGUCCUGAGACUCAGUUUGUUCAUUAGGCCUUGCCAAAGCCCUCGACCCUUAUCAUUCAUUAUCCAAUCAUAAUAACAGCAAUAAUUAUUUUAAUUAUUCAGAUAAUACUUAUGUUGGUUAUUAUCGUUCCUGUAGUCAUAUGUUUACCUUUUUUGGGGGGGGAUCAAGCAUAGUUUGUAUUUUUGUUUAUUUUUUACUUUCAUUGUUAUACGUUAUUUAGAGACAUCUUCAUCUCUGUAUUUGUGUUAAACAGACUUUCUGUUUAAUUGGCAUAGUAACCUUUUAGUAAACUGUUUUAUCAUGCCUUUAAAAAAAUAAAGACAGUAUGGUGAAAGCACUGCAAAGUAUUUGGGAACUAAAACUCCACACCAGCUCUUCAAAAGUGUUCUAAAUUCAGCAGUACCAUUACAACAAUACUAAAGUGUUUCUAAAAUCUUCACACAACUGUUAAUUCACAACAAGUAUUCAAAACUUUAAAUGCAACACCCACUUUAUAGAGUGCAUGUAAUAUUGUACUCAAGGAAAGGUUACUAGCCUCAAUUAGAUUUUUAUUUGCCUUAUUUUGUUGAGAUGAGCUGUUUCCCGCCAUUAUUUAAAGCCUAUAAUAAUGUAGUUAAAAUGUAAUAGCAGUUUCUGGCUUUCUCUGUGUGUGGGCGGGUGUGUAACAAAACAACAUUCACCAGAUGCCCCUAGUAGGCCCCUUUGGAAUGUUACAAUAGUUGUCAGAGAAACACUCUAGAACCUCUGACAUACAGAUGUUGUUCAUUACUGUAGUAACGUUUAGUGUUCAUGUGACUGUAACCCCCCCCUCUACACUCCUCUGCCUUACUACUCUUUCUCCAUGCCCUUCUUGACCUUUAGCAGUGUUUAUACCCAGUCUCUGAAGAGGUAGUAUAGUACUGAUAUUUUCAUUAGCCUGUGUAGUAACAGAACAGAUGUGCUGUGUUGUGACUGAUUUGCGAUUAGAUAAACCACUCCAUCUUCAGCUGAAGUGCCUGCAGAGACAUAUAAAGCCCAUUCGUUUUUUUUUUUUACAUUUUAUAACUUUUUCUUUCUUUGAUGACUGUAUGGCUGAAUGGUAGCUUUAGAAAUGAAAACCUGGGAGAUUAUGUGUAUCGGUUAUAAUGAGGCUCAUAAUUUGAAGACCCCAAAAGGUACCGUAUAAACCUCUCUGUAUCUAAGAAGAUAAACACAAGUAUCUUAGUAUCCUGUUGUAUUCCAAACCGCAAACUGACUUGUGUUUUAUGCAAGAUGUCACCUUCAGGAAAAUAAUUUAAAGUGUUUGAUGGAUUGGCAUUUCACACUGUGUUUGAUGUUGGUUCAUUUUGGGAUAAAAUAAAUAAAAAAAGAAUAUGAAAAUAGUCCAUUAUUUUUGCAUGAGUAGCGGAAACAGUAGAACUGUAAGUGGAAGUUAGUGUGAGAUACACACAUGCAUCUGUCGUUUUUAACUUUUUCUAUGAGGUUAUUUACAUUUACAUUUAAGUCAUUUAGCAGGUUAUCUUCAUUGUGUUACCUGUUGUGACACUCCCUUUUUUAUUUUCCUGUUUUGCAUUUCUAAAGAAAAGCAAAGUUGUUUUUUGUAUUACAUUUUUGACUCUGCUCUGCUAUAGGAUGAAACUCACUGGGGUUGUAUGAGGGGCCAAUAGAACGGCCACAUGAUGCCAGUGUUACACAGCAUUUGAGGGAUCAUAUCUUUCACAUACAAUACCGAUGUUGUCCGUAAAUAUUUUUUAUAUGUAUCUCUUUUGAGUGCCACAAGGAAAACAUGAACUCAAAGAAAAAGGCCUUAUAAAAUUGGUAGGGGGAUGUUUAUACAGCAUAUAUAUAUAUAUAGAUAUAUAUGUAGAUAUGUAUAUGUGUGUAUGUAUGUAUAUAUAUAUGUGUGUAUAUAUAUAUACAUAUACGUGUGUGUAUGUGUAUGUAUAUAGAUAUAUGUAUGGGGUGUAAGUAUAUGCAUGGGUGUGCAAGGUAGGUAGCACAUCUUAGUUACAUAUCAGAAGAUUAAACAAUGUACAUAGACACUUUAAAGAGAAAAUAUCAUUCGGGUUUUCAUUUCUCAAAGUUACUCUUAAAUCAGUUUAAAAUAAGAUUGAAAACUAUGAUUUACUGUAUAUGGUCCCUUUUAGAUGAUGUUGCUCUUUCCUAACUUGUAAAAUAGUGUAUAGUUGAUUCUUCAUGUUUGUUGGCGUCAACUUCAAUGGCUUCUAUUUGAACUGGUAAUUUGUUAUUACUCUGAACAAUGUAUAGAGGUGAUUUGAUUUUCUUUAGGGGUGUAAAGCAUUUAAAAACAUGUUACUUAAAUCUGUACUUUUUAUAAUUGUUAUGUAAGUAUCCUUAUAACAUUUGAAAAAAUAAAACGUAAUGUGAG